UCAGGAUGGCGAGAAAGAAGCCUGACUGCGGAUUUUGCAAACAAGCUGGGGAGUCUGAUGAGACGGGACCGCUUUUAGGAAAGGCGGGCGUCUUUGCACACGAAUUUUGCAUGCUAUAUUCAUCUAAUCUUAUUACUAAGAGAGAACCUGAAGGUGAUGAUUUUGCUGGAUUUUUGGUAGAAGAUGUGAAAGAAGAAUUGAAGAGAGGACAAAAACUGCACUGCUACUCAUGUAAAAAGACUGGAGCUACGAUUGGAUGUGAAAUUAAGAAAUGCAAAAAAUCUUAUCAUUACCCGUGUGCAAAAGAACAAAAAGCUAUAACAAUUGAAAACAAAGUCAAAGGCACUUUUGAACUUUAUUGCAAGGACGAUGCUAAAUUGUGUCCUGAAGGAAGUGGAAAACGCACUGACCGUGAUGCUGUGUCCAGUGACAUCAAGGAACCAAAAGAAGUCGUGAGUCCUGCCAAGGAGAUUGGAUCGAGAUCACUCAACAGGAGUCAGACUAUGAACUCUAGGAAGCGGAAGAAGCCUACUGAGAUGUUUCAGUCUGACAGUGAAACUGUUCAGUUGUCAGAUGACAGUGCCUCUUCUGAUCACACUUUAGAUUGCAUUAUGUCAAAGAAUGAUGAAGAUGAAGACAAAUCUGAAAGUUCCUUGGACCCAAUGUUGUCAAAGCCCCAGUGCUCACCAGGAAACGAAGCAGAAUUCUGGCAGCUGUGCAACAAAACUGGAUGUGUGGAGAAGAUCUUUUCCAAAAUCAAAGAUGAGCUGACAAAUGUUUCCAUGAAAAUUACUAAUCACAGUGCCAGUGACAAUGAUUAUAAAUUUGCCUUUGCAGUGACGAUGGCCUCUGGUCUUCUUUUGCAGAUCAUGUCGGAAAAUGAAGCAGAGACUGAAGCAAAACUGGAAAGCCUGCAGGCCCAGCAGAACCUAUUGACUCAAGCAAAAUCUGCAAUGCAGGAAGUGAAGACAAAGAUGGACCAAUGGCACACUUAACAGCGGCCUUAGUCUAGCUGGAGUUGUAGACACACAAUUGUACAUGUAAUGGAAUUCCGAUCAGUACUUCUCAUCUUCGUGUUCUGUUUUCCUUAUCCCACUAGGCGUAUGUCUGCACUCUUACACCAUCAGAGGGCUCUUGGCUGUUACUUUAUCUCGUUUCUGUUGGCCUUUCAUCUUCACAGACUUUGUAAUUUACCUCAUCUUGUGUGGUUGCUUUGUAGUGGAGGGCCAUUUUUGCCUCUGUUGUUGUCCUAAUGCCAUUUUGGUCAUGCAUCAGAUUCUCUGGAAUGGCUACACUUAAAAACUCAUGGAAUGUAUUUAU